AUGGGAUACGAUGAAAGCACUGCACAAGGCGUCCUCAACGAGACUAUUACUAAUGGAUGGCUUGAUCGCCAAACUCGAGCUGUAAUUCUAGAGUUUGCUGUUUUCAAUGUCAAUACAAACUUGAUUAGUGUUGCCACAUACUUUUACGAGGCCUUAGCUACUGGUGCAGCCUACACUACAAGGAGAAUUGAAACACUGGAGUUGUACAGCACUGAGUCAGGAGCUCUGAUGUUUUUCUUAAUUGGCCAGUUUCUGUUCAUGGCAAUGGUCCUCUUUUAUUUCAUAGUUAUGUUAGUUCACCUUUAUCAGCAACGCCUAGGUUUCUUCAAGUCUGUUUGGAACAUGGUGGAUUUCUUUAUGAUUAUUUUCUCUGUGGCGUCUGUAGCAUUUUACAUGAUCAGAGCUAAAAGCAUUUUGA